AGAUAAGUUCUACCCUUUUCGACCAAUCUUUAAUUUAAAUCUAAUUUAAUUCUUCUCAAGUAAUUGUUCUACCGAUCCUGAGUGACCUAAGGAUGACAUUCAUCUUUUUUACAAAAAAAAAAAAAACUAAAAAGGCCACUUUGCAUAAUUAUAUUCCAAUAGUAUAGGCGGUAUAGCCAGUCACUCGCUGAAAAGGGGAAAGUUACUCUUUUUAAUUUCCCCUGUUUUUCUUUUCACAUUGUAGAUCCAACCCAUCCUUCUCUGUCCCUUUAUAUAUAACUAUAUAUACUCACACUCAACUCCCUCGGCCACCCAAUUACUAAAAAAGGAAUGGAUCCCCUGUCGUCGACGGCGGCGUUGGUUCUCGACGAGACGAUUUCCGUCGCCGGAGACGACGUGUCGGGGCCGCUGUCGUUGAUAUGGGGGGAGAUUACCGGGCUCGGGCUGCCGCUUCUGGUGCCGGCGAUCAACGUCGCCGUGUGGGUCUGCUUGGCAAUGUCGACGAUGCUGUUCGUGGAGAGGGUGUACAUGGGGGUGGUGAUGCUCUUCGUGAAGCUGCUCCGCCGGACGCCGGAGAAAAGAUUCCGGUGGGCGCCAUUGGAGGGUGACGUCGAGCUUGGAAAUGCGGCUUUUCCCAUGGUUCUCGUUCAGAUCCCAAUGUACAACGAGAGAGAGGUAUACAAGCUUUCAAUUGGGGCAGCAUGUGCACUAUCAUGGCCAUCCGACCGAAUCAUAAUCCAAGUCCUUGAUGACUCAACGGACCCCAUUGUUAAGACAAUGGUGGAAAUGGAGUGCCAAAGAUGGGCGAGCAUAGGAGUAGAGAUAAAGUAUGAGAUUCGGGACAAUAGGAACGGGUACAAAGCCGGGGCGUUGAAACAGGGCAUGAAACGGGACUACGUCAAGCAAUGUGACUACGUCGUCAUCUUUGACGCCGACUUCCAACCCGAACCCGACUUUCUCCUCCGCACCAUCCCGUUCCUCGUCCACAACCCCGACCUCGCCCUCGUCCAAGCCCGUUGGAAAUUCGUGAAUGCAGACGAGUGCUUGAUGACAAGAAUGCAAGAAAUGUCUUUGGAUUAUCACUUCACAGUGGAGCAAGAAGUUGGCUCUUCCACUUAUGCCUUUUUUGGCUUUAAUGGGACAGCAGGGGUUUGGAGGAUUGCAGCCAUAGAUGAGGCGGGUGGAUGGAAUCACCGGACCACAGUUGAGGACAUGGACCUUGCUGUUAGAGCCAGUCUCAAAGGCUGGAAAUUCUUGUACCUUGGUAAUAUCAUGGUGAAAAAUGAAUUGCCAAGCACAUUUAAGGCUUUCCGUUAUCAACAACACAGAUGGUCAUGUGGGCCAGCCAACCUUUUAAGAAAAAUGUUCAUGGAGAUUGUCAAAAACAAGAAUGUGAACACUUGGAAAAAGAUCUAUGUACUAUACAGCUUCUUCUUCGUGAGAAAAGUGAUAGCCCACAUUGUCACCUUCAUGUUUUACUGCGUCGUAAUCCCGACGGCGUGUUGGGUGCCCGAGGUCAACAUUCCCAAAUGGGGCGCCGUUUAUAUACCCGUCGUCAUCACUCUCCUCAACAGUGUCGGAACCCCGAGGUCAUUUCACCUGUUAUCAUUUUGGUUAUUGUUUGAGAAUGUAAUGGCAAUGCAUCGGACUAAGGGCACCUUCAUAGGGUUGAUGGAGAUUGGUAGGGUCAAUGAAUGGAUUGUGACCGAGAAACUAGGGGAUGGUUUCAAGUUGAAAUCUGCUGCGCAACAAGCCAUCAAAAAACCACGUUUUAAGAUUGCUGAAAGAAUGCAUCUACUAGAGCUUGGAUUUGGGGUAUACCUCAUGUUUUGUGGCUUCUAUGACCUAUUUUUUGGGAGGCAAUUGUACUUUUGGUACAUCAUACUUCAAGGGAUUGCCUUCUUCAUUAUUGGAUUUGGAUAUGUUGGCACCAUUGUUCCCACUUCUUAGCAUGCAAAAACAACAAAAAAAAAUGAAAACCCUAAGCUAUAAUUGCUUGGUUUUUUUCAUUUUUUUUACCUUCUUCAAGAAAAUUUUGGAGGGUGGAGGGAUAAUGCAUGCAUAUAUGCAUUCAUGGCUUGGCUGGCUGAGAUGGAUUUGUUCAAAUGUGCAGAGAUUUCAUCAAUUCAAGAUUGCUUAAAUUGGGGAAUAAUAUUUUUUUUCAAGAAAAAAUAAAUAAAUAUAAAUAUGAGGAGCACAUAUAUUAUUUUCAGUAAAUUGUAUCAUUAGUACAGUGAUUUAUUAUAUUCAAUUUUAUCUCUGUAUGUAAUUUUGCUUCAAUUCAUUCUCUUUGUAAUUUGUAUUCCACAACAUUGUGUAAAAAUAAGGUUGCCUAGGUCAUUCUUGUAUUGUUUACUUCAUCCUGAAUAAUGAGAGAAUUAAUGUAAUCUCAAUUACGAGUAUCAUAGUAAAGAUUAAUGUUUUUC